AUGCUGCUGCGAGCAGUGAUCAGGGAGCGUGAUAGUGCUGCCGAUAGCGAGGAGGCGAUGGGCAAGUUCCGGUCCAAGCCCUGGCAGGCGGUGUUGGACGAGGCGCGCCACCUGGUGGACAGCGGCGUGGUGGAGCUCAACCUGAUUGCAGAGGAUACCAACCAGUACGGCAUGGACCGGCGGGACGGCAAGGGCUUGUCGCAGGUGCUGCAGGAGCUGGGCAAGCUGGAGGGCCUGCGCUGGAUCCGCCUGCUCUACUGCUACCCGAGCUACUUUUCCGAGGAGCUGAUUGAUGAGAUUGCCACCAACCCCAAGGUCUGCAAGUACAUCGACAUCCCGCUGCAGCACAUCUCCAACCUCACGCUGCUGGGCAUGAACCGGCCGCCGCAGGCGCACACGGUGGCGCUGCUGCACAAGCUGCGGGAGCGCAUCCCGGGGCUGGCGCUGCGCACCACCUUCAUCUCGGGCUUCCCGGGCGAGUCUGAGGCGGACCACCGCGAGCUGGUCGACUUCUGCUCCUCCUUCCGCUUUGAGCGCAUGGGCUGCUUCCAGUACAGCGAGGAGGACGGCACACCCGCCGCAGAGCUGCCAGACCAGCUGCCGCAAGAGGUGCGGGAGGCGCGGCGGGACGAGCUCAUCUCGCUGCAGCAGCGCGUGGGCGAGGAGUGGGCCCGGUCGCUGGUUGGGCAGGAGGUCGAGGUGCUGGUGGAUGGGCACACCGAGGACGGCGAGGUGUACGGGCGCACCCAGUGGGAUGCGCCAGACAUCGAUCACAUCGUGUUCCUGGGGGAGCCUGAGGGCGGGUCGGGGCUGGCGGCGCUGGAGGUGGGGCAGCUGCGGCGGUGCCGCAUCACCUCCACCUCCACCUUCGACCUGGAGGCGGUGCCCGUGGCGUGA